AUGAGAGCUGCAAACCUGACUCUGCCAUCUUCCUUAAAAUCGCUGAACUUUUUUUACUGUUGUCCUAGCUUCUACACCAUCUUCCCAUCAGCAUCGCCAUUCACCGGGCUACAGGAGCUGCUUAUCACCGACUGCAGUGGGCUGGAGAGCCUUCCAGACGGCAUAGGAGAAUUGCUGCCCAACUUCGGCCACCUGCCUGCUCUCAAAGUGCUGGUGCUGCGAGCGUUGUAUCUCCGAGAGCUCCCUCCUUCUUUCUGCCAUCUCCUGUCGCUCGAGGCACUUUUUCUGGAUGAUUGCUUUGACCGUCGGCAUGUUGAUCAGCUGCCAGCAGGCUUCUGCCGCCUCACGGCUCUCAAGGCGCUCUGCGUCUCAAGCCGGAACCCUGCCUUGCCAGAGGACAUUGGGGCCCUUGCAAGUCUGCAGAUUCUCAGGUUGGAUAGCUUUCGGGAGCAGCCCCUUCCGGCUUCCUUCACCCAGCUGUCUUCCCUCACGAGCCUUAAGCUGGAUGUAUGCCGCUUGGGCAACCUUCCGGAAGCCUUAGGGGAGUUUAGCAGCCUGCGUGAGCUGAAGCUUAGGGAAGAUGCCUAUGCCCGUUCAAUCAGGACACUUCCUAGCUCUAUUGUACGGCUUACGAGACUUCACACCUUGGAGGUUAGAGACUGCCGGUCACUCUCAGAAGUGCCGAGGUUGGAUGCGCUGGUGGGUCUCAAGAAGCUGGAGCUGACAGAUUGUCGGCAGCUGAGUAGACCCCCUGCUCGUCUGCCCCCCGCUCUUCAGAUCCUCCUUUUGGGGCCCUUCAAGAAAGGCCCUUCCCGUUCUGUCGACAUCUCGCAGCUGUCGCAGCUGAGGGUGCUGAAGCUGAACUGCGUUGGGGUGCGAUGCGGGCGUGCAGUGAGCGGCAGGUUGUCGUGUCUGCAGCAGCUGCAGCAGCUGGAGAUGCGGUUGGAAGAUGACAGCCAGGAGCUCCCAGUCCCACUGACCUGUCUCCCUCGCCUGCGCAGCUUGCUGAUAGAGGCUCCUGGACUUUGCAGCCUCCCGGAAAACAUGGGGGCAGCGUUGCCACAACUGCGGCAGCUGAAGCUUCUUUCGUGGUCACAAGGGAAGCUGCCAGGAAGCAUAGUGGAGCUCACCUCGCUGACGUCAUUGACGAUCAACACACCCCGGCUUGUGGCGCUACCUCUACGCAUGAGCCGCUUGUCUCGGCUGCGCAAACUGGAGCUGAUUCGAUGCAACGCCUUGCAGCAGCUCCCAGCGUUCCUCACGCAGCUGCACCAGCUGAUUCUCCGUAACACAUCCAUCCGCUCCCUUCCCGCAAAUCUUGUGCGCCUUGACAGCUAG